UCGGUGCUCUGCCGGUGGUGGCAGCACUGCGGCGCGUGAGAGACCUCUACACACAGCGCAUGACGUCGAGGAAGAGGUGUAGAAACACACAGAUUAGCAGUAAUUUAGCGUUUUUAGUUUACAUUUUAGUAAUUCAAAGAGAGCCAUGUCGGAAAGAAAGGUUUUGAAUAAAUACUAUCCACCGGAUUUCGAUCCGUCUAAAAUCCCUAAACUCAAACUGCCCAAAGACCGUCAGUAUGUCGUUAGAUUGAUGGCACCAUUUAAUAUGAGGUGUAAAACGUGUGGAGAAUACAUUUACAAAGGGAAGAAGUUUAAUGCCCGUAAAGAGACCGUCCAGAACGAACUGUACCUUGGGCUUCUCAUUUUCAGAUUCUACAUUAAAUGCACCAGAUGUUUGGCUGAGAUCACCUUCAAAACAGAUCCAGAGAACACCGAUUAUGUCAUGGAACAUGGUGCAACACGUAAUUUUCAGGCUGAGAAACUGAUCGAAGAGGAGGAGAAAAAGAUCCAGCAGGAGCGAGAAGACGAGGAACUCAAUAACCCCAUGAAGGUCCUGGAGAACCGCACACGAGACUCAAAGUUGGAGAUGGAGGUGCUGGAGAACCUGCAGGAGCUGAAGGAGCUGAACCAGAGGCAGGCGCAGGUGGACUUUGAAGGCAUGCUGGACAAGUAUAAAGAUAUGGAGCGGAGACAGAAAGAGAGAGAGCAGGAGGAAGACGAGCGAGAGACCAAGGAGAUGUUGGAGAGAGCUCUGGUCAAACGACUGAGGGACUCAGACUCUGAAGACGAGGCAGAAGAUGCAAACGAAAGAGGCAGGAAACACACAGCUGAUAACCCCACCGACAUCCUCACCAAAGACGUGAACACGGGAUCACAGGUGCAGAGAAACACUGCAGCCUCAACCUCGGGAUCAUCGUCUGUGGGUGUAAAGAAACAGAAGCUGGAGAGCUGGGAGAGGAGUGUCGGAGGUCUGGGAGAAAAGAGAUCUCUGGGGUCUCUGGUGGUGAGGAAGAAACCAGCAGAUUCUGCCUCUAAAGCUGCCUCCGCUGCACCACGAGAGGCUGCGGACACACAAACAGGUGCAGGUGCUGCCAAACCUGAGUCCUCCUCAGCUUCUAGAGAACAGCCAAUCACAUCUCAGAGCGGUUCUUCUCUCAGCCUCUUGGGGGCAUAUACAGACAGCGAUGACAGCAACUCUGACUAGGCUGGAAACCUAAUUUUUUUUUAUUAAUAUUUUUUUUUUUUUUUUUUUUUUCAGACCUGCAAAAAUGACCACCUCUCUUUUCACAGACCACUUUAAGUUUCCAUAACCUGGACUCUUUAAAAGAGCAAUUCGGGAGAUUUAUAUUUUUCAGCGAUUAACUUUUUAGCUGGAGGAGCAUUGUUUAGGAGAAGUUAUUAUUGUCUGGAAUUCCUGAAGUCUAUUAGAUCUGCGUCAUCCUGAUAUCGCUAAUGUACUCUAUAAUGUGCUUCUAAUGUAUUAUGCACUCUAUAAUGUAGUAUUUGAUUCUCCAUUUUAGCUCAAUCAAUACAAGGAAAUGCAUUUGAGGGUUUCAGUAGAGAAAAGUGAAUCUGAAUCUAAUUUCAACUGAUCAUCUCUAAUCCCAUACCAUCCCAUUUCAUCCUUUUAAACUUCAAACUAAUAAAAAGUUCCUUGUGUUUUGUUCCCGAGCAAA